UGUACAUGUUUAGAAAUAGAUUAUACAUCAAAAUAAACCACUGAUAUUCACACAAAAACGGGUGUAAAUUUAUGUAAUGCUGAUGUAAAUAUUCAGUGAUGCAUUUCUAUUUAUUGGAUUUUAAUGUUCAAAUAUCUAUUAAACGCAGUAGGUGUGUUAAAAUUGUGAAUAUUUCGAAGUGAAAAUUGUGUUCUAUUUGGAUAUAAGCUACGGACGAAAUUGGAUAUAAAAAUAUUUGUUCAAACUUCGAGUAUUUUGCAUAGAAGGACGAGAAUUCAUCUUUGGUAUCAUACAGACAGCGAGGUUGAACUGGUACGACUAUUCAAACCCCAAAAGCAACGACACCAUUGAAUUACACAUAACUAACGCUUCGCCAAAUCAUAAUAGGAUUCAUCUACAAAUACCGUACUCCAAUAUAGAUACAUAUCACGACAUACCACCUGAUCAGAGUAAAACUGUCAAUAUAAAUCACAGUAUACAAAAAGCUGGUACUUUCCAUGGAAAAAGGGGUAUACAUAUAACAUCAGAUUAUGAUAUAUCAAUCCUAGUUACAUGCAUGAAAUCGGAGUCGAAUGAGUCCUCCGCUGUCGAAUCGUAUAAUGCAUUCCCGACAAAAAGUGCAGGGAGGCGCUAUUUUAUUUCUCCGGGGACACAAGGGACCUAUGGGUAUGGAUCGAGUACUGUCCUUGUAACAAGUAACGUUGACAAUAAUCUUGUAAAAUUUUAUAACACCUCGACUGGUCUCCUUAACGCCACGAUAAUUGGCAGGUUUGAUGUUUACCAGUAUCACAGCAAUUACGAACUGACUACCGGCCUACUUAUCGAAGCUCAAGGUGAUAUUACGGUGACAGUUGGACUAGAAAAACAUUAUGGUUAUGGCUACUAUGGCUAUAGAGAUAACGAGUUCAGAGCUAGAACGGUAUCCGUGAUUCCAACCAAAUAUUGGUCGAAUAGAUAUAUAGUACCCCAGACGAGACAUGCUGACACAGCUUCGCUCAAAAUAAGGUCUGAAUAUGUUUCGCUUCGAGUCCAUUUAAGUACAGAUACCCAGUCAUUACUGUCUAUGAAUAAAAACCAAACAUUUGCUGAUACAUCCGUGGUUCUAACAGCUGAAAAACCAUUCUCAAUUUCACAAACCAGUUUCUAUUCCAACAACACCAAUGAUGAUUUCACGGUUCUGGUGCCGGGAGUCACAUCAAUGACUACCGUUUUACCAUUCCACAUCUACACUUGAAUAGCACGCAGUUGCAUCUACAUAUGAAGAAUUAUAUAGCAAUCAUUGUUCCAACAACGUUCAAAGACAACUUGCUCAUAGACGGCGUGCGUAUGCAAUAUAUGGGAGACUCGAGAACAAAAACUCAGUUUCCCGUCCCGUCACCGUUUAGUAAUUACACUGUUCUGUCAUUUGAAAUGAGUGAAGGUUAUCACAGAGUUCGUCACCGUUUGUCACAUGUGAAGUUUGGACUGCUUGUUUAUGGGUUUGGAAAAUCAGAUGCAAGUGAUUACGACUAUUGGUAUAGCGGUAUAGAAGAAUAUACAAACAGUUAUGGCUUUUAUGCUGGCUUCAAUUUACAAGGCGGCCAGUGCGAGUACCCUGGUACUGCGCCCACAACAUAUUCAGUACCCCAUGUCUAUACAAGCUCAGCUGGUACAGGUACAAAGGGACCCGAUCAAAACAACGUUACAAUGUGCUACAGUUGUGAAGAUCUCGGACGGAUUGACCUGUGUGACACUGUCAACGCAUGCCAUGUAAAAGAGGUGUGCUUUGUGGAAAGACAGAACAAAUCAGGACGUAUCGUUUACAGAUCUGGAUGCUUAGCUGCCGAUGUAUGCGCCAGCGAGCAUCAAGAGUCACUGUCUAAGGACGACUUCUGUGUGGAAUGCUGCAGUGGCAGCUUCUGUAACAACAAAGGGUGUGGAAAUACAGGGCUUCCAAACCGUGAUCAAAGAGGUCCAGUAUGCUACGACUGUCAACACGUGUUGUCACCUGAACUAUGUACCUCUGUGACGUUGUGCUCACAUCAUCAGGUAUGUCGUAUUGAAAAGUUGACAUGGGGUGAAGGCUAUCAUUACAAGAUGGGAUGUGCAAACAACCUUUGUGAUCCUCUGACGAGAAGUGUUCAUCAUCUGUCAAAAAGAGCAACACCAGUCUGCCAUUCUUGUUGCCAUGAUGAUUACUGCAAUAAGAACUGUACCAGAACUUCUAACGGAGCUGAUGGAUCUUUUUUUGUUGGCUGAGUUUGAAAUCUUACAGACAAAACUGACAGAAGUUGAAGAGUAGCAUUUCGCGCCAUUUGUAAAUAAACUAUAUGUUUGAUUAUUUACGUGUAAGCAGACUAUGUAUAACAUUAACGUAUAUAUUGAGACAUUGUACUUUGCAUUACGAACUUUUAGUAAUAUUGCUUAACCGUUAAAGCGUAUUAUAAAUUGCAUAACAAAUAGAAGAAAAAGUGAAUGAACAUAUUUAUCUGGUAAUUCAAUAUAGAUAUAGCUGUAUUGUUCUAAUGAACAUUACAAUAUUUUCAAAUUCGUUUGCAUUUGUUUUUUUUUUUUUUUAUUUAAUGAGGAUAUUUUACAAAACCGCUCAAUUGUGUAAAUAUUUGGACGACUUAUUUGUUUUUAUUAAAAUCCCUCAACCUGAAAACUUUGUAGAUAGCCGUUUAAUAUUUAGAAAGAACAAAAAGGUAUCUAAAAAUAGAAAUAUUGUUUCUGCUUGCAUGCCAAGUGCAUUCAACAUUUUCCGCGGAGAACUCGAACUGACAUGGCUCUUAGAUGCUUGGAUGGAUGGUUACCCGCUAUUUCCGAAAUCAAUAAACGAAAAUUAAAUUUCCGUCAAAAACUCUGCACGAUGCCUCCAGGUUUACUUACAUGUAAAAUCUUUAACUUUAGAUUGCACUUAUAUGCUAAUAUAUGUUUUACGGGACAGACUGGAUAUAUUCCUGAUGUCUGCAGAAUUUUGAGAAAAUAUUCUCUAUAUGCUAUCGAAUCUUACUUAAAAACUGCAAAAUUUCCUGGCAAAUUCGAAUGGAAACGAACAGUCUUAUAUGCUAUACGCAUGUACCAUACUCAGCAAUGGUCAGAACGAUUAAAUAACGAUGACGAUUUUGUUCGUUUUAAAGCUGUGCACACAGAUAUCAGCCUAUCAAUAAUGUGAAGACACUCAGAUUCUCUAACCUCAGUGAAACAUGCUUUACGUACUGUAGAAUUGUUUUUCAAGCAAAGCAAAGUGAUUUAAAAGCUUGUAAAUAUUGUAAUACACAAACCACUGACUUAAAUUUCCAUUAAGUAUCAGAAUGUACAUCUCAUAAAAUGUCUCUUUCCACCUUUCUGUCUUGUAUCGGAAGAUAAUACCAUAUUGAACUAAGCAACUUUUUUUAAAGAUUGCGAUGCAGAAGCAUUUUAAGGAGUAUACUUAAUGUUCAUGUGUUUGAUAUAUAUUGCAUAGAUGAAUUACCCCACUAAAAGCUAUAGCCUGUGAUGACUAACCAACUUGUCAUAUAAACAAGUAGUUUGUCAAGCUAUAGAAGAGUAAUUGUAUCCAAACAUUAUCAGUAUUACCUGCCCUAAAAAGCUUAUGUUUCGUUUCGAUAAGCUUUAAGAUUCCAGGUGCAAUAUUGAAGCAUCUUCAUUGUAUACAUCAUGUGGAAAGAUGUACUGAUAAUUAAUAUAUUCAUAUUGCUAUUGUGGAAAACAAUACUUCUUUUAUUUUCUUGCCUUUCAGUUGUAUAUAUUGUGAGCUUUCCUUAGGUAAUUUACUCAACUGAAAAUAUUUGUACAUUAUGUCGCUAAGAAUCCUUCAUUUUGUUCUUAGAUAUAACUGCUUUAAACGAUACUUUAACAAUUCAUCGUGCAUGUAUAUAAAUUCUUUAAUACACCGUCAACUGUCCAUGAUAUUUGUUAAAAAGAUGUAUAUAUAUUACAAGAUCAGUGAUAUUUAAUGACAUUAUUUCGAAUGAUGUAUAUAUCAACAUGACAGACAGUGAAAAACUAGUUUUCCUUAUGAAAAAUUAUCAGAAUAAAGUUAUAAAGUUUCUAGUUAGAGCAUAUAUGUUAAGAAGAAGCUUACUUUAUGAUAAGUAAAUAUAAGAUACUUUGCAAUUAUUAAAACACAAUAUUCUGUAAUAUGUUUUUAUCCAUUUUUAUCAGUGUUCAAUUUAUAUAUAGAGAUGUAUACUCGAUCUCAUUCAUGUUUCACUCUUGGUAUUGUUCACAACUUAUGUUAAAUGUAGUAAUAAGGUGACUUAUAGGUCCGAUGGGCCGGGUGUCUUUUGAUGUAUUUGUAUUAUGUAUUCGGAAUUUAUGUAUACACAAGUCACUAUAAUAAACAAUUUACUUACUUA